AUGCAGCUUAACGUAGUUAUAGAUCAAGACUUGAAAAUAUACCCUCCUAAUCUUAUGCUGAAGAAAUUAAGGUUGACCUCAACCAAUCUCAAAGGAUCUCCUACUUUCAUUUGUAAUCUCAAGGGUCUUGUAAAGUUGUAUAUGUCUCGUACUAACCUUACCGGAACUCUGCCUUCUUGUCUCUUUAAACUCGUACAUCUUGAUGAAAUAGCUUUGUCAAACAACAUGCUUUCCGGUACUCUACCUCUUCCUCCUAAGGAUGUUACAAUUUUUCAGGAUAUUAUACUUUUUGAUGUAUCAAAUAACAAAUUAAGUGGUGAAAUCUCAGUAGAAACCGGAGAAAGACUAUCUUAUGUCAAGAUCAUCCUCCUACGCGGUAAUGAACUUUCAGGGUCGAUUCCAUUUUCUAUAUUUCCCACUGAAACAAAAUUAGUCUCAGAAUUUUCUCUUGGUACACUUGAUCUCUCCGACAACAAACUAACCGGGGGUAUACCUACUAAAAUAUGGCGUGGAAGUACUCUUACUUCUCUCAAACUUGGCAACAACAAUCUCACUGGAAUAGUUCCAAAGGAGCUUGAAUUGGCUAAACACCUGCGUGUUCUCCUGUUAAAUGAUAAUCAUCUGGAUGGUACUAUUGAUUUCGUCACCGGGCUUCAUAAGUUGGAAUAUCUCAACUUAGGUAAUAACAACUUUGGAGGUGGUAUACCAACUGCUUUGGGUUCACUCCAAGACCUUUCAGUCGUUUCUUUAAGGUCAAACAAGUUAUGCGGGAGAAUCCCGGAGGAGAUUAUUAAUUUGCAGAAAUUAUGUAUACUAGAUUUGUCCCUGAAUAAUCUCUCAGGCCAUAUUCCUACAAAAUUAGGGAACUUGAGUGGAUUAAUAAUAAGUGGUUCUUGUCAUGCAUUCUAUGGUUUUGGUGGUUCUAAUAAUGAUCAACUGACGGUGCUUACAAAAGGGAACAUGGUACAAGUUAAGAAGUUUUACGACUAUAGCUCUGUGGUUGAUCUAUCAUGCAAUGCUCUUGACGGGAACAUUCCAGAAGAGAUUGGCUUGUUAGAAGCACUAUCAUCGCUUAACUUGUCCCAUAAUCAAUUUUCAGAGGAUAUCCCAGAAAAUAUUGGAAACCUGUCUGCUCUAGAGUCUUUGGAUUUAAGUUCCAACAGAUUGUCCGGAUCUAUCCCACAAUCUUUGACAACAAUCGACACUCUUGGGGUUUUAAACUUUUCUUACAAUAAGUUGAGUGGAAGGAUUCCAAGAGGAAAUCAUUUUGAUACACUAGGUUUGGAUGGUUCCGUUUUCACAGGGAACGAUUUAUUGUGUGGUUUCCCUACGGAGAAACUUUGCAAGGGUGAUAUGAGUGUUGGUAACUCUUCAAAUAAAGUUGAUGAAGAUGAUCGGGAUGAUGCCAAGGAAAAGUUAUUGUUGUAUGCUAUCGUUGCUUUAGGAUUUGGGGUUGGAUUUUGGGGUUUGUUCCUUGUUUUGCUUUUGAAAAAAGAGAAAUGGUGGUUUCCGUAUUGGAGAUUUAUUAAUUUUAUUGUCGAGAGAAUCACAAAUUAUGUUCGACAUCACUGA